AUUUGUUUCGCAUCAAUAUGAUUAUCGCUCUGAUUUCCGCGUUCGCCUGCAUAGUAGCAAUCACUGAUGCCGGCGGCCUUAGGAACGAAGGUGAGACGCCCGCGUUUCAUCAUCUCCGUUCUCUGAAUGGCGGCGGGGUCUUGUGCCCAGGCAGCAAGGGUAAACAGGAGUUUGGAUACACACGUCGCGGGCUUAAUAGGUACUUCUACGCGGUUAUGGAAGCCGAAGACGUAGAUCCAGCAUCGGCACCGACCUUCUUGUACAUGGCUGGUGGGCCGGGCAGCAGUAGCUUGGGGACGGCCAUGACUAGCAGUGGGCCAUGCAGGAUGUCUCCUAAUGGGGAAGAGCUCCUAAAUAAUACAUACUCGUGGACUAAGCAAGGCAACAGCAUUUGGAUCGAUGCGCCUGGACCUACCGGGUUUAGCCUGGGUCCGAUAGAGACCAGCUUGGAGGAGUUCAUCAACAACAUGGUCAUCGUGAGCGGCCAGUUAUUCAAGAAGUACCCUCACUUGAACAGGAAUGUACACCUCGUCGGGACAUCAUCGUCUGCUCUCUUCGUUGCUAUGCUGGGAGAGGGCAUCCUGCGAAAUCCGCAGCUCAAGAUCGAUUUGAGAGGAGUGAUGUUGUAUUCUGGUGUAGUUGGACCGUACGAGAUAUAUCACGGAGCUUACGAGAUGGCCCAGAAACGGACACUUCUACCUCAGAAGGAGUCAUGGUUCCACAAUGUGCGUUGGUCGUAUAAUUUUCUUAGGCUCGAUACGAUGAAGACUAGCUUGAAGAACUGUAAAACAGCAGUCGACAAGUGCAAUUCUAAUGGACCUGGAAAGCCUGCUAAGCCCGCUAAUUGCAAAAAUGCUAUUGCCACUUGUGACGCAAUCACGAUGGACCCUAUGGGGCGAAUAAACAAGAGCCUAUACGAUGUACGUGCACGAAAAGGCGAAGAUUUCGUAUUUUACGCUUUAAUACCAGGAGAUGCGACCGGUUUUCUCAAUAAGCCACGUGUUAAACAAGCUCUCGGCGUGUCUAAAACUUGGAAGCCACUGGAUUAUGAGGUCGUACGAGACUUCAGUAAGUACUCCGCCUAUGAUGGGAGUUUUUUCGUCACACAACUCCUCGACCACGGAUUAAAAGUGCUUGCGGUCAAUGGCGAUCAGGAUUAUAUCACGAACGCGGUGGGAACGACCGAGUGGCUGUUCAAGUUGAAAGGAAGGGAGGGGUACGGCGAAGCACUCCAGCAUUCAAGACCCCAAGAUAUCAAGUAUCCUGGAAUUGGCGUCGUAGGAACGUCGCGCACUUCUCACUACCAUAAUGGAGCGAAACUCGCAUUUGUCGAGGUGAAGAACGCAGGCCAUCGAAUAAUGCUCAAUCAACCCAGAGCGAUGCAAGAGAUAUUCCAAUCUUUCCUCAGCGAUAAGCUCUGGUGAUACGGAAUCACUCACCAGUAGAAUGCUGGCCUGGACACCUUUCACUCUUCAACAGUUAGCGCUCAAUACCACGAAUUUUCCUCAUUUCGCCAUCGCUCGAUAUUCCCGAUUUUGGGCUUAUCAUGCAUUUGAUCCCAGAGAUUUAGGCGCCAAGUUAUUUUCUCGAUAUUUCCUAUUUCGCCGUCAUUGAGAAUUUGUUCUCAGGGACCUAGACUAUG